AUGGUGCAAUUUGGUAAUGUCAAAAUAACUGUUAUUUACAUUUCUAAAACUAUCAUGGAAGACGAUUCGCCGAAUUUUGGAACGGAGAGCACUUAUAGAGAAAUAUCAACCAAUGGUAACGCCUUUGUUGGUACAGAUAUUAAUAGCUUGGUUCUUCAAACGAUAAUAGGAGAAAGUUUUGAAAACAGUGCCAGAAACAAACAGCCUGAAGAAUGUAUAUCAAAUGAUUCAAAUAGAAACACAGUGGGUGUUUACAAUGACGAGCGUGAUGCCAAUGUACCAAGUCGCACAGUAAACUCACAUUCGAUGGAGUCUACAGAAAUGGAUAGUAAAGGGGUUGAAAAGGGGCAUGACGAGACCAGUUCUAAUAAUUGCGCAACAGAAUCCAAUGUUUUAAAUCCAGACACAUCUUCAACCACCAGCGUUGAUGAAAAUGCUACAAACGUUACUAGAAGAUCACAGUCCUGUGAACAUAAUAAAGUGCUUCAAAAUAACCGACCCAUAGAUACCGUUGUUGAUGAUGUUACACAGAAGAUAACGGCUGAAAUACCAUUCGAAAGUGCUGAAAAGACAGAAUCGAUCGAACCCACAGAAAAGGUCGAGAGCAAAUGCGGGAAAACAGCCAAAGAUUCAACUGAGGAUAAUCUCAAUUCUGACAGAAAAGAAAUCCUGAAGUUGAAAAAAGAUUUGGAAAGUGUUCGUGCCGAACUUCUCCAAGAAUUAAGUUCGGUAGAUGAUGAGAGAUUGGUGAUGCAAGAAUCCAUUUUGAUGGUACAGAAUAAGAUUUACCAACAACGGCGAGUUUUGUUGAAAUGUCUAAAUGAUCUGACAUCUGGAAAGUAUCAGCAAACCAACAAACAUUCAGAGCACCAAGAAGGGGAAAUCAACCAAACGUUUGGAAUCCUCGAAGAUAGAAAAGCAGAUUUGGAAAAUUUAAUGGGUAAAUUACCACGAAUGGCUGAAAAGUCUCACAACUAUAACGUGCCUGAUAUAAUAGAGGCUGGGCAAAAAAUUCUAGACGAGUGUAAAAGAAAGCUUACUCCCCUGAAGCUGUCGUAUUUAGAGUUCAACGAAGGGGAGGUGAAUUUCGAAGGACUUAGUUCUAUGAUGGGAUCUCUAAAAACUGUUGGUUAUAGUUCAGAGGAUCAGAAUGCUAUCUCGGCUAGGCUUAUAAACGGGGUUGUACCAGGGCUGCAUUCUCGAGCUCGAGUACGUGAAGUCUCUGUGGAAUCUACAUGUACGCAGAUAAGUAGCGGUGACUUGUCGGAUCAGUUUACGGUUUCGACUCAAACUGAUUUCGAUGGCGAUAAAGGAUGUGUUGGUCCAGCGGAAGGAAAGCUGAUUUUACGAGUGAAUGUGGAGGAUAUUGAAAGCAAUAUUGACCGAUGUUGUGAGAGUACGCCGUUAGAUCUGCUGGGACUAUCAUGGAGAGUUAUGGCCAACAAACACUGGAGAGAUCAGCUCCAAAUUAGGCUUUAUUACAAAAAUAUCGAACAUAUAGAAAAAUGUGUGGAGUACGUGGAAUAUGGUUAUACUUUUAAACUUGUGAAUCAUAUUAAUGAUACGUGGUCAAUUGUGAAAAAAGAAAGUCAUAAGAUCGGACGUGAUUCGUGGUGGGAUAGUGUUAUAGGAUGGGGACGAUUAGAGGAUCCUAAGUGUGGUUAUGUGUUAAAUAAAUGGUUCACAAUAGAAUCUACUGUUUCUGUUAUUGAUGUGAAGUUUUUCUAA